GAGGAGCAGCAGCAGGACUUCCAGAGCAUCCAGGAGACCCACAGGCAGUACCGUCUGAAGCUGGAAGAGCUGAUCAAACUGCAGAACAGUUGUACCAGCUCCAUCACUCGGCAGAAGAAGAAGCUCCAGGAGCUGGCCCUCAUUCUAAAGAAAUGCAAACCCUCCCUUCCAGCGGGGGUCCAGGAGGCUUCAAAGGAGCUGGAGAACCAGAUCAAGGAGCGCCAAGGCCUCUUCUUCGAUAUGGAAGCCUAUUUGCCCAAGAAGAAUGGGUUGUACCUGAGCCUGGUUCUGGGCAACGUCAACGUGACACUCCUGAGCAAGCAGGCUAAGUUUGCCUACAAAGAUGAGUACGAGAAGUUCAAGCUCUACCUCACCAUCAUCCUCAUCCUCAUCUCCUUCACCUGUCGCUUCCUCCUCAACUCCAGGGUGACAGACGCUGCCUUCAACUUCCUGCUGGUCUGGUAUUACUGCACACUGACCAUUCGAGAGAGCAUCCUUAUCAACAAUGGUUCCAGGAUCAAAGGCUGGUGGGUUUUCCAUCAUUAUGUGUCCACGUUCCUGUCGGGAGUCAUGCUGACAUGGCCCGACGGCCUCAUGUACCAGAAGUUCCGGAACCAAUUCCUGUCCUUCUCCAUGUACCAGAGCUUCGUGCAGUUCCUGCAGUAUUACUAUCAGAGCGGCUGUCUGUACCGCCUUCGGGCCCUGGGUGAGAGGCACACCAUGGAUCUCACUGUGGAGGGCUUCCAGUCCUGGAUGUGGCGGGGCCUCACCUUCCUGCUGCCCUUUCUGUUCUUUGGACAUUUCUGGCAGCUUUUUAACGCGCUGACAUUGUUCAGCUUGGCCCGGGAUCCUGAGUGCAAGGAGUGGCAGGUGCUUAUGUGCGGCCUCCCCUUCCUCAUCCUCUUCCUCGGCAAUUUCUUCACCACCCUGCGGGUUGUGCACCAGAAAUUCCACAGUCAGCGGCACAGGAGCAAGAAAGAUUGAGGCUGGGUCUUCUGCCCACUGGCUUGGAAGGGGCUUCUGUACCCCAUGUGUUGUUUUAGGAGGUGGGACUCGCUCGUCCAGAAGGUCUCUCUGCUCUCUCUGGGUCUUGUGGGCUCUGUGGGCCCCAAAGGCUAUGCUGGAGAAGACCUGGACCUGUGUCCCAGCCUGUGGCGAGCUGGGGGCCAGUGGCCUUAAUAAAGGAAGAGAGGCACAGA